CUCAAAGUCCCUUAAUGACAGCCACGCGAGUGACACACUACCAAGUCUCUUUUUACUGCCUGCACCAAAAGAGACGCAGUCGACACCGAGGCGCACUUGCGCACUUAUUGGAUGAGUAUUUGCGCAGUUUUCGUUGGCGUAUUUAGGCAAGCGUUCAUUAGUUAGCGGAAUUUAAAAUAAUAAUAAUAAUAAUAAAAAGGGUGACUUCAGUCAGUGGGGUGAAUGCAUUUGACGAGGUGUAAAGUUGUGUGUGCAUCUAGUUGCCAAGAACGAAAGAUAAGCCAAUUAAAAGAGGCCAUGCGCCAGGUUUUACACUAUAGGAAUGCGGCCAGGCAGAUGGUCGGGGGUUAACGCUUGCACCAUGAGCUUGGCCCCCGGGGCUGUACCGGGACCGGCUUAAUGCAUGUACAGUAUAACCCUAAUUCGGGGUCCAUGAUCCGCCCAUCCCGGUUCAGCUUGGUGCUGGCGUGCGCGAUGGUUUCGUGGGCUCCACAAAUUUGUCGGAAUGUAAAUGGAGAAGGGGGUGGGUUAUAAGGAGGGGAGGCAAUCGGGUUGUUGUACAUUUAACAGCUCUCUACAGCCAUUUGGUGUCCCUUUGAAAGAAAGAGAGAAAAGCGAGGAGGGGGUGGGCCUAGAAAAAAAAAAGUUGUGCGCACCCCCUAACCCCCCUUUUUGUGAUGGCCCCGGGGCGGACUUGCGGUGGUGGAGGGAGGGGAAUAAGAGGAACAGAGGGGCUUAUUUGCAUCUUAUUACCCUGCGCAUACUGGUCCGAUAUAAAACCCUGUGCAAGAGCGUAGAGCCAUCAGACAUACGCACUGUUAACCCGAGAGAAACCAAGAGAGACUUGUUUUCCUCGCUUGGGACCCGCAUUUCAUCAAUCAAGUUGGGGGGAAAAAAAAGAAAAAAAAAACACACAAGGACGACCACUUUUUUUGCGCAAGAUUAUUUGGAAAUAUAUGAUACGAGGAUUUCCUCCAAGGAUCAUUCUGUUGCGGAUUAUUUAUUGAAAAAAAAAGAAUAUAUCCCAAAAUAAACAACAGAGGCUCGUAUGGGAAAUUAGAAGGUAAUCAUAUAGUGAAUUCUGAGCAGGAAGAGUCCAUCAAACUUUCCCCAUGUUUUUUUGAGUUGAGCUGCACCAACCUGUGGAGCUUUGAGCGCUUGUUUUCAACGGGGCUGUCAACACAAUGGGACGCCUGUAUCUGCCCUUGGUUGUCACUCUCUCCAUUUUCACCUGCCAGGUUUUGUGCUCCGGGGUGUUUGAGCUGAAGCUGCAGGAGUUUCUAAACAAGAAAGGGGUGGCCGGGAACGCCAACUGUUGCCCCGGCGGCGGCGCCUCGGCUCACCAGGCCGGCCACCAGCAGUGCGAGUGCAAGACUUUCUUCCGGAUCUGUCUGAAGCAUUACCAGGCCAACGUGUCCCCCGAGCCGCCCUGCACAUACGGCGGAGCGGUCACCCCAGUUCUGGGCUCCAACUCCUUCCAGGUGCCGGAGACCAACGCGGACACCUUCACCAACCCGAUCCGCUUCAAUUUCGGCUUUACGUGGCCGGGGACAUUUUCACUGAUCAUUGAGGCUCUGCACACAGACUCCCUGGACGACCUGGCAACAGACAACCCAGAGCGCUUCAUCAGCCGCAUCACCACUCAGCGCCACCUAACAGUGGGAGAGGAAUGGUCUAAAGACAUGCAGACAGCAGGCAGGACGGAGUUACGUUACUCUUACCGCUUCCUGUGUGACGAGCACUACUACGGCGAGGGCUGCUCUGUGUUCUGUCGGCCCCGAGAUGAUGCCUUCGGACACUUCACGUGUGGAGAGCGUGGCGAGAUCAUUUGCAACUCUGGCUGGAAGGGACAGUACUGCACUGAACCAAUUUGUCUUCCUGGCUGUGACGAAGAUCAUGGCUUCUGUGAGAAACCUGGAGAAUGCAAAUGCCGUGUGGGAUUCAGUGGUCGUUACUGUGAUGACUGUAUCCGUUACCCGGGCUGCCUCCAUGGUACGUGCCAACAACCCUGGCAGUGUAACUGCCAGGAGGGAUGGGGCGGCCUCUUCUGCAACCAAGAUCUAAACUACUGUACACACCACAAGCCUUGUCUCAAUGGUGCCACUUGUACCAACACUGGCCAGGGCAGCUACACAUGCUCCUGUCUGCCUGGCUUUACAGGUGCCAGCUGUGAGAUAGAGGUUAAUGAAUGUUCUGGAAACCCCUGUCGUAAUGGUGGCAGCUGCUCUGACCAUGACGGUGGAUACAAGUGCACCUGCCCACCUGGUUUCUAUGGCAACAACUGCGAGUUGAGUGCAAGUAGCUGUGCGGAUGGGCCUUGCUUCAAUGACGGGCGCUGUGUCGACAACCCGGAGGGAGGCUACUUCUGUCAGUGCCCCAUGGGAUAUGCUGGGUUCAACUGCGAAAAAAAAAUUGACCACUGCUUGUCCAACCCCUGUUUAAAUGAUGCAGAAUGCGUGGAUUUGGUGAACUCGUACCUCUGUCAGUGUAUUGAAGGGUUUUCGGGGACCAACUGUGAGGACAAUAGCAGCAGCUUCCCUGGACACUGUCUGUCGUUUCCUUGUCAAAAUGGUGGGACAUGCCAGGAGGGAGCAAAUGGCUACACAUGCACCUGCCCUCCAGGGUAUACUGGCAAAAACUGCAGUUCCCCCAUCUCCCGUUGUGCUCACAAUCCCUGCCACAAUGGAGCCACUUGCCAUGAGCGUGGUGGCCGCUACGUGUGCGCCUGUGUGCCAGGCUACGGGGGGCACAACUGCCAAUUCCUCUUACCAGAAGUUCCAAAGGGUCAGCCAGUGGUAGAUGGACCAGACAAAAGAUAUUCCUCACUCGAAAAUGAAAGCUUUGACGAGGCCGACAGUGACGACAGUGGCUUCCCUUGGACAGCUGUGUGCGCUGGAGUCUUCCUCGUUCUUGUGAUUCUCAUCGGUUGCUCUGUGUUGGUGGUCUAUGUUCGAGUCAAACUGCAGGAGCGACACAGUCAUCGCAGUGACAGCGUCCGUAGCGACAGCCACGAGACGAUGAACAAUCUGACAACCACCAAUAAUUGCCUCCGCAGUGACAAGGAGCUGGGCACAGCAUCCAUUAAAAACAUCAACAAAAAGGCAGAUUACCAUUCUGAACUGGCUGGUUCACUUGGUGGUCUGAGUGGGAUCAGUGGGCUUAAUGGACUUGGUGGAUCGGAGAAGCAUGGCUUUAAGACUCGCUACUCCAGUGUGGAGUACAAUCUCGUCCAUGAGCUGCGGCCUGAAGAGGUGUCGCUGUGCAAACAGGAGGAGCAUGAUGGGCCAGAGGGGAAAUGUGAGAUACCCAAAGAGUCUGAUACCGAGGAAAUAUGCAGGAAAAGACAAAACAGUGAUGCAUCAGAAGAGAAACAACUAGAAGAGUUGCCCAGCUGCAGCGAAGCUAUGUAUCAAUCAUCCUACGAUCUGAACCAACAUGCCGCCGGUGAUGUUAAAUACCAAUCAUCCAGUGAUGUCAAAUACCAGUCAAGCUGUGACGUUGAAUAUCACUGUGGUGCCAGUGGUGACAGCAAGUACCAGUGCACCACAGACACCAAAUACCAGUCUGUGUACGUCAUAUCGGACCAGAAAGAUGAGUGUUUAAUUGCUACAGAGGUAUGAUACUCAUCUGGACCAGUUCCCUCUGGAUGAUGGUGGUCCUCGCUAACCCUGAGCAGUACAGCUCAGCUUGUCUCCAGGAGGUUUUACUCCUGCGGUUUGCUGCUGUUCCCUGGAAUUUACCGAAGGAUCUUGGUGCCAAAGCGCCACUGAGCCAGGGCAGAGUCAGUGAAUAUUAGACGAUGUUGAUCUCAAAUGAGGACGUGGGUCUCAUACUUGAUGCUCAGUGCUACAAAGAGUCUUCCAAGCACCUGAACGAGUGCAGGCCUUGUUCAAAUUAGAAACAAUGAUGGACUAAGAGCUCAUGCUAUCUUGUGACUUUUGUUGAAGAACAGUGGAGGACUGAAAUAUUGACAUCAAGGUGGAUUCCAUUCCUUUUCUCUUGAGUAACAAGAGAGCAUUGACCUGGAUGAUGAAAUUGUAGUACCAUGGAGUACUGAUUGAAUGAACAGAGUAGUACCUUUGGAGUACUGAGAACUUAUGUGUUGUAGUACUGUGCUAUGUACUAUUGUUAUUAAACUACAGUGUCAAAGCUGUCAUAGAUGACAGUGCAUGUUCUGUGCAGUGCUGCAGAGGACAGAGUGGCAAGGGUGGAAGUCUUUCCAUGGCUCAGUAGUCUCAGCUGUAGCCAAUGUCCCAAAAGGCAACAAAAAAGUUUUAAGAACUCAAGUGGGCCGACUACACCUUUAAGUCUGCAGCACUGACAGACUAUUCCGGCUGAGCUGGUUCUCAGCAGAACUUAAAGAACUGAAGAUUCUAGUAGCGACUGCAAAUCGAUCCAACAUGGAUCCUGUUGGGCCAUACUGGCCCCUGACCCCGAAGGUUUGGAUUCACGGGGCAAUGUUUUUGGAAAAAUAUUCAUUAAUAUUAGAAGCAGAAUUUACAAGCAAAAAGUCACUGAAAGUAAUUAAACACAGUUCAUGGGCUGUUUUAUUACUACUUUAAAGUUGUUUGUCCCAACCGCUGAUGCUGUUGUGCAUGUCAAGCUAUGAAGGAGUCGUCCAAACUGCCAAGACCUCAUUGCACUAUGGGGGUGUAUGUGUGUAACGUGUUUAUGAGAGUGUGUGAGCACAGACGAGGUCACUUGAGUCUUCAACUGUUAGCCAGUCAUCAUUUAGCCACCAACACCCUUGCCUGCUUAUCAUUGGUUAGCAUCAUGCGAUUCAUGUUUUUAAUCUUAUUCUUUAUUAUUGAAACAAAGAUGUUCUUUUAAUUUAAUUAUUGUUAUUUGUGUUUCAAUUUGGUGUGAUAUUUUUGUUAUAAUUUAAGUUUGAUUGUUUUUUUUAUUUGACAGAUUAUGUAUGUAUGUAUGUAUGUAUGUAUGUAUGUAUGAAUGAAUGAAUGAAUGAAUGUUUUCGGCACUUGAGACCACUGUGACUGUGUUGUAUUUAAAAAAGAAGUUGUAUGUACAGAGCCUGUCAUUUUUAUUACUGGAAAACAGCGCAAUAUUUUUCCAAAAUAAAAGAGGAAAUAUUAGUA